AUGACUGAUCAGAAGGUACAGCGGGCCAUCGUCUUCCGCAGAGUCGGAGACCCAUCCGUGCUCGAAGAUGUUAGGGACUGGCCUGUACCUGUUCCCAGCAAAGGCCAAAUCCUCGUGGCGGUGAAAGCGGCGGGCGUCAACCCCGUCGACACCUACGUCCGUGGCGGCAAGGACAUCCCUAAAUUCAUCAUCAAGACGCCGCAGGUGUCUGGUGGUGACUUUGCGGGGACUGUUGCGGCCAUCCCAGAGGGCACGGUGACCGACCUCGAAGUCGGCGACAGAGUGUAUGGUCUGGCUGAUGGUUGGGCGCCCUGGUCGAGAGACGGCACGUACGCUCAGUACACCGUGGUCACUGCCUCGAAGGCGGCACGGAUUCCUGAAAAAGUGUCGUAUACCGAUGCCGCUGGGGUCCCCAUCGCGGGGCUGACUGCCUGGCAGGCGCUGAAUGCCACGGGACUCGAUGCCGGGAGCGGCAAGCGCAUCUUCAUCUCUGCCGGGGCUGGAGGGGUGGGCACCUUUGCCGUCCAGUUUGCCAAGCUCCGGGGCCUGCAUGUCACCACCUCCGCCUCGCCCGCCAAUGCCGACUUCCUCAAGGAUCUUGGAGCGGAUGAGGUGUACGACUACCACAAGAAGAACCUGGUGGAGCUGUACAAGGACAACCCAUUCGAUGCCGUGAUCGACAGCCGCGGAGGCAAAGAUCUGUGGGAGGCGCGAAAGGUGCUGAAGCACAACGGUGCCCUGGCCUCGGUUGAGAGCAACGGAUACGUCCGCGACUAUGGCUGGGGGGGCCGCGCCGUUCACGCCUACAGCUUCCUGAGACAGAAACUGACCGCCAUCGCGCGCCUGGGCCCCUCUUUCCACCCCAUCUUCGGCAGGGCGAGCGGGAAGGAUCUGACAGACAUCGUCGGCCUCGUCGCUGAGGGGAAGGUGAAGGUCAUCAUCGAUCGCACCCUGCCCCUGGGUCAGGCGGCAGCCGCCCACGAGUAUGUCGGCAAGGGCCACACCAAGGGCAAGGUUGUGCUCACUGUGGAUGAGGAAUAG